AUGUCGCGGGACGUUACACAUCAACCAACCCAGCAGCUCUCAAUUGAUGAGGUUUCAAGCCCAUUCAGUGCUCAGAUUUUGGAAUUCUGCAACCCUGAAUUCUUCCUGCAAGAUUCUGAAGUCACUUCAACCAUAAACUUUUGCUAUGAGGAGAAUUCUUCCUAUACGAAUAAUCUUGCAAUGCCACUAGACAAAGAGAAGUUCAAUAGUUGCCCAGACAAUAAUGGGAACAAUAGCAACACAACUACUAGCACCACCUUAGCAAAUGUAAACAAUAUGAACAAUAACAGUUUCCCUAUUAUUUUUUAUUCCCAGGAUGAGCUCGAUAAUGAAAUUUCAGCUUCCAUAGAUUUUUCUUCAUCUCCUACAUUUUCCGUCCCCCAGUUGACCACUACCCAACGUGAUCAGUUUGAUUUCUCUUCUGUGCAACCUCAACUCACAUUAUUAGAUAUGAUGUCUGCUGAUGGACUAACCAGGUAUCCUGCUGCUGAUUCUGUUGCUCCACUUAUGAGGAAUUCAUUGCGAUCAGUUCUUGAAGAAGAUUGCUUGUCUUCAUUUCCUUCUUAUGUACCUUUAAACCCUACGUCCCCUUGUUCUUUUCUUGGUCCUGAUAUGAGCACAUGCAUGUCUGCUGGGACCUUGACUGCUGCAUUAUCUGUUGACAGUUCUAAGGUCUUCACUGGAGACGUUCUUCUGGGUUCUGAAUUGCAAUUGCAAGAACUGAACUAUCAGGGUGAUAAUAGUGGAAUUUACUACCCUGAUACAAUCCCUGAAGUCUUUAACCCAGGAGAUCUACAGGCACUCAGCAAUGAAACGCAGCAAUUGGUGGGUGGAGCUGGGAAUUCUACUCCUUUGGCAUCAAAUAUUUCAAAAUUGGAAGAUUCAACUUUCAAGGUCGGCAAACUCUCAGCUGAGCAAAGAAAAGAGAAGAUCCAUAGGUACAUGAAGAAAAGGAAUGAAAGGAAUUUCAGCAAGAAAAUCAAGUAUGCCUGUCGCAAAACACUUGCAGAUAGCCGACCUCGAGUCAGAGGAAGGUUUGCAAAGAAUGAUGACUCUAGCGAGGCCAACAGGACGGCUUAUAUUAAUCAUGAAGAGGAUGACGAAGACGAAAUAGUAGUGAAAGAAGAAGAAGACAUGAUUGAUUCCUCAGAUAUCUUAGCUCAUAUCAGUGGUGUGAACUCCUUCAAAUGCAACUAUUCCAUCCAGUCCUGGAUUUAA